AUGGCAGCCACCAGUAGCAUAAUCUCGUCUGUUGUUAUUUCGACCGCAAUAACAGCGGCACCUGCUGCGUCGUCUCUGCCACUUUCGGUCAUUGUCGAGCCCAAUAUAGGAGGAACUCUUGAUUUUUUCCCCUUCGACGACCUAGCCAACGUCGGGAAUCCGAAUGACGAUGUCUUCAGCUUCAGGGAUCUCAUCAAGUCGAGCAUUGCAGGCGACCAGAGCAUUGUGCUCUUCGGCACCGGCUGCCUGGUCGAUGGCGUAGAGGAUUGCACCCGCGCUUGCAACAACACUGAAAACUUCUUCGGCUCUCUUGAGACGUUUUACGACUGUAUCGCGCUGGCUUCCAUUUCCCACUGGACUCAUGAUACCGAGAGCUACUACAUCACCCCCCAGACAGAGCGGAAUGCUAGCGUUAUUAUGGGUUCUGGAAGUCUCGCCAAUUUCGAUUAUAAGCCAACCCUCGACUCCUUCAUCACUUGCGCACAAGCAUCCUGCGGAAGUGACCAGUUGAGCGUGCCAUGUGGCCCCUCUAUCAAAGCGCUCUCCAUAGAGCACUCUACUGCAGAUGAGAUAUUUGAGGCCAUGAACACAUUUUGCCCAGAUAUCCCAGCCAAUAUUGACCCUGACAUCUUUGGGCCCGGAGUGCUGAUUUCCUACGUGCUUCAAGUAUGCUUCUCGGGAUCACUGUAUCUUGCUGUUCAAGCAUUCACCCUCUGGGCGCGCCACACCGAAAAGAAACGGGAGCCUUACACCCUCACCCGUGCCCAGUCGUUAAUCUGGAGAGACACAUCUACCAUGUCGCGGACCAGUGUGGCCAUGGCCACCACCCUGGUCGAGUUCCAGGAAGCUCAGUGCUGGUUUGUGUUUGCGCUGCAGAUCGCCUCCAUCCUUGCUAUUGUCAUCAACUCCCAGGAUGGCACAUUCUGGGGCGAGAUCAUCGUCAAUGGCGCUGUCGCAUUCCAUGUCAGUCUAAACGGAGUGCUUCCCAUGUUCUUGGUCCAAGUUUGUCUCCAUAACGAAGGUAUUCGCAACUGGCAUACAUUCCUUGGCUUUUGUGCAGAAUAUCUAUUGGCGAUUAUUGCAUCUACGCAAAAGAUUAGCUUCUCAUCUACCUUUGAUCUAUUCAAGCAGCAGCAUAGUAUCGAAGAAUGCGGCGGUAACCCAAGUCCGCGCACGUAUUGCGCCGCUACUCAUGGAGUUUCCGGACUUAGCUUGACUUUCUUCCCACAUCCGCUUUUUUACAAGGUUGUGUUUCUGGCAUUGGACAGUGUUACAUUUAUUGCGCUCGUCAUCGACCAGCUGAGCUGGACGCUACGAAAACAUAGACGGACGAAGCAUUUGAGAUUCGGUCGCUGGACGCCUGGUCGAUGGCCGGAGAACCGACUUCAGCGCCACUGGAAAAAAUUUGCAAAGUACUUUUGGAGAGUUUUGGAAAUAUUAUAUUUCUUCAUCAAUAUCCUAUACAUGGUUUCGCUGGUUACUGUCAUCAGUGCCAAAAGCUUUGAGGCAAACAAAUGGUCGUAUGGACAGAUUAUUGCCAUUACUUGUUGGGGUCCUGUCAUUGUCAAGCUGAUAGACCUCAUCGUAUCCGGACCACCAAAGAAUGGCGAAAAGCUCAAUUCCGGGCCGCCACGCUUGCGCAUCGACAAUAUCAUUAACCAUAGACUGAUAUCAGAAUACACCGAUGAAGAGCCGUUUGAGCCUGACUUGAAGACAGCUCGCGUGGCUUACUCUCGUCAAGAGACAUUAUUUUCGAGGACAGAGACAGAAGCGUCCCAUACGUAA